UCUUCAAAAGAGGGAGGGGCGGAACGAACGUUGCGAGCGGCGCGCAGCGCCGCUAUGCUCCCAGGUGCCAAACUGUUUCCACGGGCUCCCAUCAACGAGAAAACCGCAGAUUGACGCCAAAUGCGCCGAGGUCCGCGCUGGGGUUUCUCGCUGACAGCCGCGGCACUGGCCCUUGUACACGUACUGGAGGUGGAGGAUCUACGCGACCAGCAGCGCGGAGCGCUGCUUGGCUUCCAGGAACAGCAAUCCUCUGGCCCCUUCCAAAAUCAGAAAAUCUGCAAUUCGACGUCAACUAGACCGAGGUCCGCGCCCAAAGUUCUCGUUGGUGUCCGCGACUUGUGCGGGUGGGAGGGGCGGCGCGCAGCGCCGCCUAGCUCGUCUUAUCUUCCCCACCUCGCAUGCGUGACUGGCCGACAUUCGUCCUCCCUGUCUCGAUCAUAUCAAACGACGCUCAAGCGACUCGAAGGGCAGUCCACCCCCCUUGACACGAUGAUCCGCCGUCUCGCGAGCGAUCAAGUCACGACGCCUCUACCUCCUCCCUAGCUUCGUCUCAACAUCUUCUGCCCAACCGUGGAGUCUCCACGCGAUCCGGCUCUGAAGCAACGUAUCGACAUCCCGCGAGCGAGG